UGCAGUGUUACAUUGUAUCAUACUAUAUCAAAAUGGCCACAGUGGUUCAAAACCCUCUGAAAUCGCAAUCCAGUGGGACCGUUAUUAAAAACAGCCUGGGGGAGGAGUUCUACAGAGAGGCAAUAGAGCACUGCCGCAGCUAUAAUGCCCGUCUGUGCGCCGAGCGAUCCAUGCGGCUGCCCUUCCUGGACUCCCAGACGGGCGUGGCCCAAAGCAACUGCUACAUCUGGAUGGAGAAGAAUCACCGUGGGCCAGGGUUGGCCCCAGGACAGCUCUACACUUACCCCGCCCGCUGCUGGCGCAAGAAGAGACGGCUAAACAUCCUAGAGGACCCCCGCCUAGGACCCAUCGAGUUCAAGAUCGCAGACUACGAGGCCUCUCUGAAGAAGGAGGGUGGGGUGCCAGAGGGGCCGGUGCUGGAGUCCCUCCUCAGCGCCGAGACGCUGGACAAGAAGGUGGAGACCAAGGAGGAGGAGCCCAUGAGCGAGUGCCAGAAGCUGCUGGUGGGAGACUUCCCUCAUGAGCUGGAGGUGGAGGAGAUGGAGGAUGACAUGCCCAAACGCAAAAACCGGACCAAGGGCCGGGCCUACGGUGUGGGAGGGAUGAGGAAGAGGCAGGAGCCAGCCUCCCUGGAGGACAGAGACAAACCCUAUGUGUGUGACAUCUGUGGGAAGCGCUAUAAGAACCGUCCAGGCCUGAGCUACCACUACACACACACGCACCUGGCAGACGAGGAGGGCGAGGAGGACUCGGAGCGCCACACCCUGCCCUUUCAGCGCAAGAACAACCACAAGCCCAAAAAAGCUCCCGACGGGUCCGUCAUUCCCAACGGUUACUGUGACUUCUGCCUGGGGGGCUCCAAGAAGACCGGCUGUCCCGAGGACCUCAUUUCCUGUGCGGACUGCGGGCGGUCAGGCCACCCGUCCUGCCUGCAGUUCACGGUGAACAUGACGGCAGCCGUGCGCACUUACCGCUGGCAGUGCAUCGAGUGCAAGUCCUGCAGCCUCUGCGGCACGUCUGAGAACGACGAUCAGCUGCUGUUCUGCGAUGAUUGUGACAGAGGAUACCACAUGUACUGCCUCAGCCCCCCCAUGGCGGAGCCCCCAGAAGGGAGCUGGAGCUGCCAUCUCUGUCUGCGGCAGCUGAAGGAGAAGGCUUCGGCCUACAUCACCCUGACCUAAGUUCAGCCCAACAUCCUGCCCCUCUGCCCUAGCCCCCUUCCCCCCAAGGUCCGCCCCCC